GCUGAUAAAGAAUUUGUGUGGUCCCUAUGGAAACAUCUCCAAGCGUCAAGUCCAGAUCUUACUCGGGCUGUCACCUUGAUUGUGGAAAGAGAAAAGCAGAAAGCUGAAUUCAAGGACAGAAGGAUUUUAGAUAUUUUGCAAAUCAAAGACAGCAAAAUAGAAUCCCUAGAACAGAGAAUCAGAGGACAGCAGCAGGAGAUAGACAGCUUAACACAGAGAAAAAUUGCUGUGGAUGAGGAAAAUGCCUGUUUGAAGAAUGAAUUCAGUGACUUGAACCAGAAAUUUAAAGAUAAAAGCCAAGAACUUAAGGACACUGAGGAGUGUGCACAGAGGAAGGAAGAGCAAAACAAGCUGGUUAUAAAAAACCUGGAGGAGGAAAAUGAGGGAUUAAAUACAUGCUGUGCUGACCUGCUAAAUGACCUGGAGAAACUGAGGAAAGAGGAGGCACAGUGGAAAACAGAAAAAUCUGGCAAUGAAGCCAGAAUAAAGAAUUUGGAAACUGAUUUGGCAGAGGCAAGAGAACAAAUGAAAGAGUUGUGCAGUAUAUGCAGUAACUUAUCAUCUCAGGUAGCUGUGAAACAGGAAGAACACUCCGAAAAGGAUUGUGAUGUGACUAGAGCUGAGAAGGAGUUACAGGAGCUGCAGAAUCUUUACAGAAAAAACAUUGAACAUACAGCACAACAGGCUGAGUUGAUAAAGCAGCUUCAGGCUCUCAAUACUGAUACACAAAAAGUACUGAAAGACCAGGAAGAUGCUCACACAGUCGAAACAGCAUCUUAUCAAAAAGUAUGUCAUUCUCCUUUACGAUCACAAGAGCUUUCAAUUACUAAAGUCUCCAAUUUGUUUCUGAUAAUGGAGAAAUUCCUUUCACUUCUUUAUAAUGAGUUGACUUCGUGUUUUGAAACUGUUAAAACAAAUGAAAUUCAACUGCAGCGAAGCUGUGCCUCUCUUCAGGAUCAGUUACUCGGAAAAGAUCAAAAGAUUUGUCAGUUACAAGAGCAACUUCAGCAGGCUCAUGAUGCCUUAGAUGCAGUGCGUCAGAAUUCUUCUCCAAAAUGUGAAGUACAGGAACCACCUGUGAAACAUUCAAGGUCUCUGUCCCCAAAGAGCUCUUUUAGCGAGUCAGAGGAGCUAAAGAAGCUUAAAAUAGCUGAAAGGAAGAUUGAAAACUUAGAGAAGACACUACAGCUAAAG